AUGCCCGAGACACUGGAUCCGGGAACGCCCACUAUCACGCCGCCUGUCUCUCCAGGCGGCGGCAUCGAGAGGCGACGAUCACGGAACCCUCUUAAGAAUAUGAUGCAGCAUCUCACUGUGGACCCCCCAUCCGCUGAUGAUGAGCGAGAGCCCAGGAGAGCGUCUCUCAUACGCCGUAUCAGCUGGCGCAAGAGUCGCAGUCCUUCAGCCCAUUCUGACAGAUCAGGAGGCCAGCCUCAAGAUCCCAACCUUUGCACUGCCUGUGCUGGUUGGGCGGCCGACAUUGACUCUACUUUUGAUCUCAUGGAUGAUUUCUUCACCAGAGCUCUAAACCCAACGUCUGCAGACACCUUUGAGAACAAGGAGCAUUCGUUGGGCCGCUUGAAGGAACUCGAGGAGAACCGUUUCAGCACGAAAUGCCCACUUUGCAAGCUCUUUCUCUCAGUGCAUAUUCCUAGUGAGGGAGAGGGCGAUCUUUAUCUGUCAGGCUUCUCAAGUCGUGACACAAAUUACCUCAUAGACAACAACAUCAUGUUUGAGCAGGGCCACGCAUCAAAGAAUAAGAGCAAGGGUGUUAGUCCGGCUUACUUAGGUGUCGUUCCCAAAAAGAGCGGCGAUGGCGCUUUGAGCUGGGAUGUGAGCGCCGACUGGUUCCGCGGAUCGGGUAUGCUCUAUCGCACGUUGCCAGAUGCGCCCACAAACGAACUCCUCAGCGCAAGGUCAGAAGGGAAGCACUCGCGAGCGAACUCACUGUCCGAGAACAACGGGUGGCAGAAGCGCGGCAUAUGGGGCCGUGAGCUGGAGGGUGUGAUUGAUAUGGGUAUUGGACAGGACUGGCUGCGGUUCUGCGAAUACUACCACCAAGGACGUUGCGGACGACGGCCAGUUACGCGGGAGAUGCCGGGAUUCAAAUUGGUCGACUGCGCAAAGAACCCUCCGCAAGUUGUCAAAGCCUCAAUCACUGAACGGUACACUGCGCUGAGUUAUGUGUGGGGGAAUAAGACGACAGAGACGUGGCCUAAGGUUGUGUGGGAUGCUGUGAUUGCGACCAAGGACCUUGGAAUAAGGUAUCUUUGGGUCGAUCGGCUAUGCAUGCAAGAGGUGCAGCCAGCCGAGCGACUGCAGCAGAUUACCAGGAUGGACGACAUUUUCGAGGGAGCUGCGUUGGCUAUCAUCGCAGCUUGUGGUGAAGAUGCGGAUUACGGUCUACCCGGUGUAGGGUCAAGGACACGGCCAGCUCAACCAAAGUACGAAUUUGUCAACUCCAACAUAACACUCGUAUCGAGUCUUCAAGAUCCCAGACUGGCGAUCAAAAAUUCGAAAUGGUACGAACGCGGCUGGACGUACCAAGAAGGCCUACUUGCGCGACGUCGUCUCAUUUUCACCGAUCAGCAGAUGUACUGGGAAUGUGAAGGCAUGUGCUGUCCCGAGUCACUGAUCCUGCCGCUCGAAUUCUACCACGACAUGGAGGAGCAGCGAAUGUGUGACUUUAUGCGACCUGGUCUGUUCAACGGCGUGUCCUUUGUAGAUGGUAGCUGGGAGCGUUGGAAGAGACUUCCUGCCAAGGAUGAAGACCCCAGCACUCUGAGUAUCUUCCGAGAGGCAGAUCAACAUAUCGGGAACUACACACGCCGAAACUUGACGUAUGACAAGGAUUCGCUUGAUGCAAUUCUUGGUAUGCUGAGACGUCUUGAGACUACAGUUGGACGAGGGAAGAUGUUCAACAUCCUCGGCAUUCCGCUCUGGACACCGCAGCUAGAUCAAGGCCCUGCAGUGGUAGGUCUACCGCGCACACGCGACAUCUUUGCCCUGUCGACAUGUUUCUGGCACCACAAAGAAGGCGUAAUAGCCACAAGACGCCCUCACAUGCCCAGCUGGACGUGGGCGGGCUGGAAGGGCGCCGUCGACAUGUACUCGUCCAUCACCGUGGUUGACCCAAAUACCAAGGCCUUCCAGCGCAAGUACAACCACCACCACUACGUCAGCGCCACACACGUAUCGCGCAACGAGGCCAACUCGAUCCGCUGGACGUACUCGCCCAACAUGGUGCUGGUCAACCGCGACGGCAGCGUGGCGUACGACUUUGGCGCCGCGACGGCCGUGACGGGGAUGCCGCCUGCGCCCCCCAACCUGCACAUCCGGCCGUACGGCAUCCACGUCCCCAACCCGUUCGUGCUGGACCGCGUCAAGGCGCGCGCGCACGCCGACGGCUGGAUCUUCAACCGCGUGAGCGUGGACGUGCGCAUGAGCCGCGGGGCGUGCACGAUGCGCGAGUACAUCGAGCGGCAUGCCCGAGGUGAGCAGAUGACGGUGCUGUGGUUUGUGGAGGAGGCGCUGGUGAUGCUGCUCGUUGUCGAGAGGACCGAGAGGGAAGGCCGGGUAGUCUGGGAGAGGGUUGGGAGGAUGAGGAUGGGAUUUCCUGAGGAGGCCAAGGACGUUGUCAAAAGGUGUGGACGGCUGGAGAAGCUGGUUGAGGAGUUACCUCUGAGGAGAUUGGGAGAGGAUAUUGUUAUUGAGUAG